AUGGCGACCGCAAUCUCUAAGCCGACCUCCCAUACCCAGAAGAUGAAGCGGCCGCCCCCGCCUUUCGGCCAGGCCGCGGUCAACGGGGUAAAAGGUCAACAGUUCUCAACUUCGCCCACAUCCACUGCAAAGCGUCUUCCGACAGGUGCCUCCCUCAACGCGAGCUCCAACCUUACAAAUGGUGUCGCCAAUGUGGCGAAUUCCAUGGCCAAAGGACCCCUUAAUCGGACCCGGAAUCAGUCGCAAAGACCCAUCGAUCAGACCUCGCGCCCUGGCCGGCCAGCCACAAGGACAGCUACUUUGGACCCGGCGCAUCGGGUCGGUAAAAGGGCGCCAGAACCCUAUGUGAAAACCACUUCUUACAUUCUCAAGAAAUAUUCGAAAUGCCCUCCAUCCCUCAUCGUACAUCUACACCCUACACAUUUCCGUUUUGAGCAACAAGAUGGAAGCUUCCCCUACAAUUCCGAGAUGAAGGUCAUUAUUGAGCACAUUCGCGCCGGCACUGUUCCGCAUGAUCUGAUCGAGGAGCUUCUGCGGGGCGGUGUCCAGUUCUACGAAGGCUGCCUCAUCGUCCGUGUCAUCGAUCACAAAUCUGCCUCGGCGCAAGCACGAAAGACGCCCGCUGCCUCGACGAAUGCCAAUAAUACACCAUUCUCUUUACACAACUACAACGAGCAUAUCACACCGUCGGCGUAUGUUCCAUAUCCGAAACAAAACCAACUCACGUCAGCCACCCAAGGCUCCAAGGCCGAUACACCACAGAUUGCAAAUCAACAGUCGGACAGCCAGGCCACUGACGAGCAGAAGAAUGGCCAAGUCAGCGACGCAGUUCAGAAGAAUGCACCGGUGAAACCUCGGGUGUUCACCACAGUACUUCAUCCCACUGCUCGAACGUUGCAGGCAGAGUUGACAUUGCUGGUUACCACGCCGGACCCGAGAGCCAACAAAGCACCGGCCCAAACAAACUCAUCCGCGCCACCGAAUGCCCCCGGAAACCCUCAAGCGGAUCGAGAGCAUAUUCCAAAGAGACAGAAAAUGCUGGUUGAACCAGAAAACCUGUUGGAAGUCGAAGCGAAGAUGGUACAGGCAAUGGCGCCACCCCUCUUCUUAGAUCCAGUGCCUAGCUUCGCGGCUGCCCAAGAUUUGUUGAAGAUGCUGAAAAACCCGUUGCAUUCCGACCCGCCUCCAUCGCCCAAGCGCCGAAAGAGAACGGUCGCCGAACUUGCGGCGGACGAAGCAUUGGCAGCCGAAGAAGAGCGGUUCAUGCUCAUUAUGGACGAGCGUUUGGAGCCGACGGCUUCUGGCACUGGAGGUGCCGCGAAGGCUGCUGCCGUGGAUGAGGCAGGUGGUGUAGCACCAUUCGAGCCUCGAUUCUCCCGUUUCAAGACAUUGGAGACGAUUCGCAUGCAACACGAGGACAAGGCUAAACGUGAGCAUGAGAUGAAAUUGAAGCAGGAGCUUGCCAAGAGGCAGCAGCAGGAGCAGGAAAGAGAACGGCGCCGUGCGAUCGAGCAGCGGCAAGCUGAGGAACACGCGAAAGAGGAAUCUCGUAGGCAACAGAUUGCUGCGCAGCAGGCGCAGGCUCAACUCGCCGCGCAACAGCAGAGUCGCCAUGUCAUGGCUCAGCCCAACGGCGUGGGCCACGGCCAACAGUCUUCGCCUGUUGUGCGCAACCAGACCCCGCACAAUAUGUCCUCACCACUUGUUGGUAACACUAUGCCGACACAGGCGGUUCCGAUGACCAUGAGUGCAUCUGGUUCUGGAAGCCCGCCGCGACCUCCUUCGUCUUUGCAGCAUGCUCACCCGAACGUGAUGAGCCACCCGAUGGGCCCCUCGAGGAGUCAACAAGGACCAAGCCGACAUGGUACACCGCAGAUGGCACAGGGUACGCCGGCUAUGUCACAUGCCACGCCAAUCAUGCGCAACGUCACGCCUACCCAGCGGAUGGGCCAUGGCAGUCCGAGCCACUCGAUGGGUCAGACCCCAGUGAUGAACCAGGGCAUGGCCGCCAAUCCUCAGAUCAACGGGGGCGUCUCUUACACACCUCAUCAGCAGAUGAUAAUCCAGCAGCGACAGCAAGCGCUUCUUCAGGCACAACACGGGCAUAUCCCGCACAACCAGUUCACGCCGCAGCAGCUAGCACAGCUUCAGGCUAACGCGCACGCUCAACAAAAUCUUCAGUCUCAUCAGCAGCAAUUGUUGCAGCAACAGCAGCAACAUCAACUCCAGCAGCAACAGCAAAACCUUCACGGUGGAGCCAAAGUUCCUCAACCAGGCCAACAGGGCCACCAAGCAUAUCAGGCUCAGCUCAUGCGCACUCAAUUCGCGCAGAUGCAGAUGAUCAAGCAGCAGCAGCAGCAGCAGCAACAACAACAAGGCCAGCAGCAACAGGGCCAGCAGCAAGGUCAGCAGCAGCAAGGCCAGCACCCACAGAUGCAGGUCUCGCAGAACCAGCCGCACCAGGGCAAUCCACAAAUGACAGCGCAACAGCAGCAGAUGUUGAUGGCGGCCGCUCAGGCGAACGGUGGCCCAGUAGCACCUAACGGACAGCCUAUCACGAAUCCAGCCCAGAGAUACAGUCAGCUCUAUCACCAACGACUGCUGCGCAUGCGACAGGAGAUGGCAUCGCGGUGCAUGGCUCAGUAUGGGCCGCCCGGCCAGUAUCCUGCCAACCUUGCAGCACAGUACGGGCCGGGGCUGGAGAAGACCGCGAAAGCGUGGGUUAGCGAGAUCAUGCGCCGCGAGCGGGAUGGGGGCCAGCAGCAGCAACAACAGCGGGCUGCUUUACAAGCUCAGCAGCAGCAAGCUCAGCAAAUGCAAGCACAGGGCUCGAUGCACAGUAUGGGCGGUGGCAUGAACAACUAG